GAAGAAGAAGAAGAAGAAGAAGAAGAAGAAAUUGUUUUGACCCGGAAGUGGUUAUCCGCGGGACGAUCACUCGAAAAUAUUUUCAAAGACAAUAGAACAUGUGUUUAUGAACAUUUUAACGUUUUUUUUCUUCCGUUAAUCAUUUACAGAGAAAUGGCUUCUCCGAACCAUAAUCCCGGUGUAGCAGGGACAGUCACGGUGACGUCUUCGCAAGAUGGUAAAACACAGACUUUGGUGGUGGCUUCUAGCCCGGCCGGGCUCCGCGGUAAGAAGCGACCUGCUAACACGGCCACCUCUCCUGCUCUACCGGCCAGUGGGAACAACAGCAAGAAGAAGAAGCAGCCCAUCGCAAACCAGACACAAGCGCAGGUAGUUUCCCCGCUGCAAGUUAGCUAGCUAGCUAGCAAGCUACUACAUACGCAGAGGAAUAGACAGGCCAAUUAAAAUGUUUCUGAUUUCGAUGAUACAGUACCAGAAAUUGAGUGGGCAUGGUAAGAGGUCCUCCCAUUACAAUAAAAUACAGUUAUAGGGUCACUUCACCACUUUUUAACCUCGUAUUUAACAUAUCCAGUUAAGUCCCAGUGAAAACUUAUGAUCUACUUUCUGCAGUCAAAAAUAUAAUCAAUCUCUUUUGUUUUUCUAAACACCAAAUAUCACUCAAACUUGAAAAGUAGAGAGAUUACAUAAUGCUUGUAAUGCUGGCUGCACUUUAUCUAAACUGUUUGGUGUAACUAGUUAUGUAACAGCUGAGCUGUCCCCUGGGCCACGUUCAGUUGCCAAACAACGUUGCAGAUAGAAAUGCCACUAAUAGAGCCUACAUGAUUACUUAUUUUACAUGUCAGAGAGGCAUGUUGUAUAAACAUAGCAUAUUUCAAUCUAAACGUUACAAAACGUUGCAUCCUGCUAAACCACCCCUGUAGGUGGCUGCAGUGGAGGCGGUGUCUGAGGGGAAUGCAGUGGGUGUGUCUGACGCUGUAGCUCCAGCCACAACUGACCCUGCAGCCAAACCCCUGCCCUUCAAAGACCCCAUAUUUGUGGUGACCAGACUGGGGAAACACUUGUGAAAUUAUAACUGGUUGAUAGAGCAUUUUCUGUCUUUCCCUCACUUGUCUUCGCCUCACUCCUCUCUCUCCCCCCAUUUUUCUCUAUAGCAUUCAGGGAUAGGGGGAGCUGCAGCAGGAAAAAAGAACCGAACCUGGAAAAACCUGAAACAGAUCCUGUCAGUGGAACGGACUCUACCCUGGAAGAUCAAUGACCCCAAUUGUGAGUGGGUCUGACUUUGUGUGUGAAACAUGUUUUGGAUCAAUGUUUCUGCUUUGAAAGAUGUUUACAGUGAAAAUGAUUAUCCAUUUGGGGGAUUUUAUCAGAAGGCUGUGUAACUAUAAGCUACUUCUCUGUGCAGUAUUACACCUGUCCUGAUACUUUCUGAGCCUUCUCUGAUUGCCUGAGUUUGACCUUUGACCCUGCUGUGUUCAGACUACAGCAUCGAUGCCCCCCCCUCCCUGAAGCCAGCCAAGAAAUACUCAGACAUCUCUGGACUCCCCGUGAGUAACUGACACACACACACACACAUACAGACUGUUCUCCAGUCCUCACACAUGUUUAUGGACACCCUAUGAGCUAUUGUCAUUUUGUAUGUGUCAGGUGAACUGAACACUCACUGCAUUAUGCUAUGUGUCCAUGUGUCAGGCCAACUACAUGGACCCCCAGACCAAGCUGAGGUUCACGUCAUCUGAGGAGUUCUCCUUCCUGCGCCUGCUCCCCACUGACGCCGUCACCGGUUACCUGGCGCUCCGCAAGGCCACCUGCAUUAUACCCUGACCGCAAGGCCUGCUGGGAGAUGGGAGUUCAGCCAGUGUCUGUCCUGGCCUGGGAGGGACAUUGACCUUUAGGGAGAACAACACAACACUGACCUUUGAUCAGUUUCCACUGUCUAGGAGGCAUCUGAGACUCUCGGGGAGAGGGACCAACAGGGACUGUUACAAAGAGAGGGAACUCACACUCUCACACAGCCUGAAAACCAAUAGAGACCUUGGGCCCCAUUUCAACAACAAGGAAGCGUCUGUAGUGUCAAGAGACUGUAUCACGCCCAAUCUGACCGAUGUCAUGAUGGGGAUUUGAUGAACACAUUCAGUAGAUUGAAGACCUUUAGAGUUAUCUGCUGUCUACACAGACUUUUUGAGUUAGUUACUGUCUACACAGACCUUUUGAGUUAGUUACUGUCUACACAGACCUUUUGAGUUAGUUACUGUCUACACAGACCUUUUGAGUUAGUUACUGUCUACACAGACUUUUAAGUUAGCUACUGUCUACAGGAAAAACAAAACAAGUGAAUAACUUGACCCUCCUAUGAUGAUUGCUCCAUGAUCUGUCUGAAAUCAUCACGUUUCUAUGUGUUUCUCAUGUUGCUGUGUGAUGAUAGUGUUGCUACUUAUUUUAUCUGCCCUCUGUAAGAUAACACCACAACACUCAACAUAUUGUUACCUGUUUUUUAUUUAUUUAAAAAACAAAAUACUUAUCGUCCUUACUCAAUAAACUAGUUGUGGCACAUUCUGUAAUCACUCUGUACUACCACCUGCUGUAAGGAU